GUUAGCAAAAUGUCCCGGUAUUUUGUGGAGUUUUGUCGCAAAAAAUUAAAGCGAGUAUCGAACGACGAGGAAGAGUUAAAACUUGAUCAGGAAUUUGGAAAUCAAUAUAUGACGACCUGCUUUGGUCUUUAUCAGGCUUGUCUAGUUGGCGAUGUCGAGGCAGUUCGAUGGUAUAUUAACAUUAGACGUACAGAUGUCAAUCAACCAGAUAGCAAUGGCUGUACAGCACUAUUUUAUUGCAUUCAGAAAGAUAGAGUUGUACUGGUCCGAGAUCUUAUUAAUGCUGGAGCCAAUGUAAAUCAACAAGCAAUUCUCGAGGAAGGAAUUAAAAUCACUCCGUGUCACGUGGCAGCAAAGUACGACAGAAAAGAAUGUUUAAAAAUUCUUCUUGAUAAUGGCGCAGAUGCAAAUGUCAAAAACUUAUUUGGUCAAACUCCUUUACACAUGGCGGCGAGAAGAAAACUCAAUGACGUCAUUGACAUCCUAAUCAACCACGGCAAAGUAAGUGUAAACUGCACUGACAACGACAUGGUCACCCCAUUACAUCUUUCAGCUACACCUGGAAAUGACAAUGAACGCUCAAAAAUCGUCCAAACUUUGUUAAAUAAUGGUGCCUGUUCGUUAAGUGAAGACAACGAUGGAAAUACUGUAUUUCAUGAAGCUGCAAGAAAUAAUGUUGAUGAUGUUCUUGAUAUUUUGAUUGAAAACAAAGGAAUACAUUUCCAACAGAAUGAAAGUGGAUUCACAAGCAUUGCGCAAGUUUUAGACAAGCCAGGAAAAGAUGGCAAUAACUGCCUCCAUCUUGCAGUUAUACACAACAGCGAUAAAAUUAUUCAAAAAUGCCUUGAUUACAAAGCUGAUAUCAACAAAAAGACGUCUGAUGGAGAUACACCGCUCCAUAUUGCCUGUUGUAAGGGAAACGCCAGCACGACAAAAAUUCUUUUGGAGAACGGAGCAGAUCUAGGCAUUGUGGAUAAGACAAAUCGCCAUUGUAUUCACAGAGCUGCUGCAAAAGGAAGUGUUGAAGUUUGUGAUUUACUUUUGAAGAAGGGCGCUUUCAUAGACACCAAUCAUCCCUGUGGUACAGCAUUGAUAACUGCUAGCCGCUUUCAACAACACGAAGCUGUCAAGUUCCUUCUCGACCAAGGUGCAUCACCGAGCAUGCGUAAUACUAUGCUGGACACUUGCUUGCAUAUUGCAGUUAAAAAUGCUGAUGUAGCAACUGUUAAGAUAAUCAUGGAGAAAUGUGGUCGAGAAUUGUUGGAACUGAAAGAUAAGAACGAAAACACCGCUUUGCAUUUGGCAGCAACAACUGGUAACUUAGAGGUUUUUGACAUCUUGUUAGCGUACAAUCCCAACACAAAAGCAAUAAAUGACAGAGGAAAGGUUGCAAUACACAUUGCCGCUGAGAAUGGAAGAUAUGAAUGUCUCAAGUUGUUUCUUGAAUCUUGCAAAUGUUCUACAAAUGUGACUGACUUUAUGUGGCGAACAGCAUUACAUCUUGCGUGUCUUUCAAGAAGCGACUUAAAAAUAGUUGAACUGUUACUGGAGCACGGAGCUGAUCCAAACGCAAGAGAUGACAGACGAUGGACACCGUUGUUGUAUGUAGCUACAAAAGGAUGCCCUUACGUCACUCAGCUAUUGGUCAAGUAUGGGGCAGAUAUCAACUUGUGCGAUAAAAACAAAAUGACAGCGUUAUGUUUGGCCGCGAAAAACAAUUGUGCUGAAGCAGUGGAGGUGUUGCUGCAACAUGGCGCUAAUCCAACCAUUCUCAAUUGUGAUAAUCUCAGUUGUAUGGAUAUUGCGCUCGACAAUCGUCACCAUGAUGUCUGUAUGGUGCUAGCAAAAAGUGACAAGUGGAAAAGUUUGGUCACUUGUUCCAUAAUGGAAAAAUGUCUGGAGUAUUCGCCAGAAGUUGCAAAGGUUAUUCUAGACAAAUGUAUCGAGUAUAGUGGAAGAGAAAUCGACGCAGAUUAUAAAGUGACCUAUAAUUUUGACCUCCUUGAUCCACCCACGGAUGAGGAUGAAGACUAUUAUGGACCAAUGACGAUGAAAAUCGCCCGCCGAAACGAGCUGUUAAUGCAUCCCUUGACUCGAAAACUUCUAGACACAAACUGGAUAAAUGGCGUUCGUUACAUCUACUACUCCCAAAUGCUUUUGUUGGCUGUAGCAUUGGUCAUAACGACAGUGUUUCUUGUGUGGUUUACACGAGUUUUAGGAGAGUGCUAUGACAAACUUUCAGAAGAUGAAGGUUAUUCGAAGAACCACUCAUGCUAUCAAAAUAAAAGUUGUCUUUCCCGUAACCAUCAAUUUUAUCAAGAUAAUGAAACAAGUUGCGUGAAGGUCAAUCAUUCGCCAGGUAAAACGCUUGCAAAAAGAUCCAUUAUGUUUGUAUACUUUCUCUUGUAUCUUGGGAAGGAAUUGAACCAACUGAGAUUAGAGCGUUGGGAAUACUUUCUCGAAAUAACAAACUAUCUUGAUGUGACGGUCGCCGUCUUGUUUCUCCUGUUUGUCAAAAUUCCAAGCGAAAUGCCCAUUCCCUAUGUUCGUCUCAAAUUCGGAAUAAUGGGGAUAUUUGCAUAUUAUUUAUUAAUGUUUCUAUGGACUCGAGGGUAUGUCGAAAGAUAUUGA